AUGUCCUUCUACAACUCUGUGAACAAAGGUAAUGGCUUUUACCAGCCUUCGUCCGAGUUUCAAUUCCCACAGGGGUCCAUGUCAUUUGCGCAAGCUCCAAGUUCUGGCACUCAAGCAUUUCCUCAAGAACCGUUGCCCACAGGAUUACUGAAUGCCUUUUCCACCAAAGGGUAUCCACACGAACUUCCCUUACUUGAAGAAUUAGGCAUAAAUUUCGGUCAUAUCAUUACCAAGACCAAAAUCGUUCUUCAACCCAUGCAAAAAUUCAGUGCCAUUCCAAGCGACAUAGUAGGCGAUAGCGAUCUCGCGGGGCCUCUUAUAUUUUGUCUACUGUUCGGAACGUUUCUACUUCUCGGCGGGAAAGUUCAUUUCGGCUACAUUUACGGAGUCGCUUUGUUCGGCACCAUAUCACUACACACUUUGUUUAGACUCAUGGGUGAAGAAGGCAACGCGCAGCCAGGACAAACCCCUGUGGUGAUGCCCCUACAAUUCCUCAAGACUGCCUCCAUUUUGGGUUACUGUUUCUUGCCGUUGUGCUUUCUGUCUCUGGUAGGCAUUUUUUGUUCAUUAAACAACGUCCUGGGCUACGUUUUGGGCCUGCUUUUCGUGUGUUGGUGUACUUGGUCCUCCUCAGGUUUCUUCACAGCUGUAUUGCAACUAAGCAAUGCACGUGUCCUCAUUGCAUAUCCACUUUCGAUCUUUUACAGCGUUUUCGCCUUGAUGGCGAUCUUCGUUUGA